AUGACAUCUCCGCCGCAUGUGCGUUGCAAGAAAGACUAUGCUUUGACACAAACACCGCCAAAUUCUCCGCGAAUUGCAACUCGAGUGAGUACAUUGACGCUAUACUCUGUUAUCGGUAUAUAUGCGGCAGGAAUUUUGGUAUGGGGCAUGAAUAUAAGUGGCGCGUUUGUGUCCUCGUCUUCAAAUUCUCUCAAUGUGGUUUAUAUGAGAGGGCGACAGAAAGCAGCAAAAGGAGACAAUGAUGCUAGAACUAUGUCGGAUAAAAGAUACUUGUUAGACGACGAAAACAGACCGCCAAACUUACUCUGCAUUGGCUGGAAAGAGACCGACAGUUGUGACUCGAACCCAACUGAUAAACGGAUAAAGAAUCGAGGAUGUGACCAGUUUGUAAAUGGUGGAAGCAGUGGCUACUGUCUUAUGGAAGACGAGGAUACAGGUCAGCAACUUCAGGUAAUGCACACAGCUUGUGACUCCCUUCAUCCUAGCGUCGUGUUAAGUUGUCGCCUUGCCGGCGACUUUGUGAACUUUAAGUGGGGGAUAGCCAAGCUCGCAGCAAUCAUUGAACAAGAAAAAAUAACUCAUCGUGAGAAAAGCAUUCUGCCACGUACGAAUCCAAGUAAAGGUAUUGUCAUGGUUAUCUAUCCAAAGCUGCUGAUAAGCGCGUACGCUUCAAUCCGUACUUUGCGAGCUUUAAAUUGUACACUGCCAGUGGAAUUGUGGUAUAUUGAGUCUGAAAUGAACAUUGAUGACGGAACUUCAUUGCUUGAUGAUGUCCCUAAGAAAUUACAAGAAAUGUAUGGUCCAGUGACAUUGCAUCAAAUUACCGACGGGAGAGUAAAAGGCUUCAAGUCAAAAGUGUGGGCCAUUACUCAUACUGCACUUGAGCUUGUAUUGUUCCUGGAUGCAGAUAACGUUCCUGUCCGAGAUCCAAGCUAUUUGUUCGAACAACCUGAACUCGGGCAAUCCGGCGCUGUGUUUUGGCCAGAUUAUUGGCAUCCAGCGCACACGAUUUUCAACAUUAACGAGAAUUCGUUGCUAUGGGAGCUUUUGGACAUGCCAUUCUUGGAUAUGUUUGAACAAGAGAGUGGUCAAUUAGUGAUUGAUAAAACAAAGAGCUCGGCAGCCCUUCAGAUGCUGACGUAUUUGGCCUUCCACGAUCCCGACCUUUUCUCUCAAUACAAGUUAGUACAUGGUGACAAAGAUCUCUUUCGUCUUGCGUGGCUUAAGACCAAGACUCCAUUUCAUAUGAUUGCUUAUCCACCGGGGCUUGCUGGCACAGUGCGGAACUCAAAAUUCUGUGGUAUGUCAAUGGUUCAAUACGGGACAAACGGAGAAAUAUUGUUCUUGCACCGCAACGGUAAGAAGUUAACAGGUGGUCUUACAGCUAAGCACACGCCCGACGAGUUAGUCUGGACACAUCUGCAGCGCUUUCGAUACCGUGUUUCUUCAUCUCCUGCUCGUAAAAUUGCGGCUUUUACCUAUUCAAAAGUUCCAUCGGACGACAAAAGCAUCUUCGCACGAGAAUGGAAUAAUUCACGCGAACCUUCGGGCAUUGUAGAUUUGCCGUACGAUUUACUGCGUCUGAAUUACUCGGUACAGAUUUUCAAUGGAGCACCAGAGUUUGCGAAGACCCAGUGGUGUUAUGGCCAAUCGAUGAUCACAGCGCCCGAUUUUACUAUCACUUCAUGGAACAAAUCAAUGAUUCCGAUUAUGGAAGAAACAUUGUUGCAGUAUGCAAAUGAAGCAGUGAUACUGCUAACGAACGUAGCGAAGGAGAAAAUUGUGCAAUCCGACCGACAAGAAGUACAUUAA